AUGAGUGGCUUCCUCGCCUCCCUGGACCCCCGGCGAGUGCAGUGGGGGGCUGCCUGGUACGCCAUGCACUCCAGGAUCCUGCGCACCAAACCGGUGGAGUCCAUGCUGGAGGGAACUGGGGCCACCACAGCACAUGGCACCAAGCUAGCCCAGGUGCUCACCACCGUGGACCUCAUCUCGCUCGGAGUUGGCAGCUGCGUGGGCACUGGGAUGUACGUGGUGUCUGGCCUGGUGGCCAAGGAAAUGGCAGGACCUGGCGUCAUUGUGUCCUUCAUCAUUGCAGCCGUUGCAUCCAUAUUGUCAGGUGUCUGCUAUGCAGAGUUUGGAGUCCGCGUCCCCAAGACCACCGGGUCAGCCUACACCUACAGCUAUGUCACUGUCGGGGAGUUUGUGGCGUUUUUCAUCGGCUGGAACCUGAUCCUGGAGUACCUGAUUGGCACUGCGGCCGGCGCCAGCGCUCUGAGCAGCAUGUUUGACUCACUGGCCAACCACACGGUCAGCCGCCGGAUGGCGGACAGCGUGGGGACCCUCAACGGCCUGGGGAAAGGAAAACAAUCAUACCCGGAUCUUCUGGCUUUGGUGAUCGCAGUCAUCGUCACCAUCAUUGUCGCACUGGGGGUGAAGAAUUCUGUGGGCUUCAACAACGUACUCAAUGUGCUGAACCUGGCAGUGUGGGUAUUCAUCAUGAUUGCAGGCUUCUUCUUCAUCAAUGGGAAAUACUGGGCUGAGGGCCAGUUCUUGCCCUACGGCUGGUCAGGGGUGCUGCAAGGAGCAGCCACAUGUUUCUAUGCGUUCAUUGGCUUUGACAUCAUCGCCACCACUGGAGAGGAAGCCAAGAAUCCCAACACAUCCAUCCCUUAUGCUAUCACUGCCUCCCUGGUCAUCUGCCUGACAGCAUAUGUGUCUGUGAGCAUGAUCUUAACUCUGAUGGUGCCAUAUUACACAAUUGACACGGAAUCCCCGCUCAUGGAGAUGUUUGUGGCUCGUGGGUUCUAUGCUGCGAAAUUCAUAGUGGCCAUCGGGUCGGUUGCAGGACUGACAGUCAGCUUGCUGGGCUCCCUCUUUCCAAUGCCGAGGGUCAUUUAUGCCAUGGCUGGCGAUGGGCUCCUUUUCAGGUUCCUGGCACACGUGAGCUCCUACACAGAGACCCCAGUGGUGGCCUGCAUUGUGUCGGGGUUCCUGGCGGCUCUCCUCUCCCUAUUAGUCAGCCUGAGAGAUCUGAUUGAGAUGAUGUCCAUCGGCACCCUCCUCGCCUACACCUUGGUCUCUGUCUGCGUCUUGCUCCUUCGAUACCAACCAGAAAGUGACAUUGACGGGUUUGUCAAGUUUUUGUCUCAGGAGCACACAAAGAAGAAGGAGGGCAUUCUGGCUGACUGUGAGAAGGAAGUUGGCUCUCCUGUGAGUGAAGGGGAAGAGUUUUCCGGCCCAGCCACCAACACAUGUGGGGCUAAGAAUUUACCAUCCUUGGGAGACAAUGAGAUGCUCAUAGGGAAAUCAGACAAGUCAACCUACAACGUCAACCACCCAAACUACGGCACCGUGGACGUGACCACAGGCAUAGAAGCUGAUGAAACUGAAAACAUUUAUCUCAUCAAGUUAAAGAAGCUGAUUGGGCCCCGUUACUACACCAUGAGGAUCCGGCUGGGCCUUCCAGGCAAAAUGGACCGGCCCACAGCAGCUACAGGGCACACAGUGACCAUCUGUGUGCUCCUGCUUUUCAUCCUCAUGUUCAUCUUCUGCUCCUUCAUCAUCUUUGGUUCCGACUACAUCUCAGAGCAGAGCUGGUGGGCCAUCCUUCUGGUCAUUCUGAUGGUCCUGCUGAUCAGCAUCCUGGUGUUUGUGAUCCUGCAGCAGCCAGAGAACCCCAAGAAGCUGCCCUAUAUGGCUCCCUGUCUCCCCUUUGUGCCUACCUUUGCCAUGUUGGUGAACAUCUAUCUCAUGCUAAAGCUCUCGACCAUCACGUGGAUCCGGUUUGCGGUCUGGUGCUUUGUGGGUAUGCUCAUUUAUUUUGGGUACGGCAUCUGGAACAGCACCCUGGAAAUCAGCGCCCGAGAAGAAGCCCUGCACCAAAGCACGUACCAGCGUUACGACGUGGACGACCCCUUCUCAGUGGAAGAAGGUUUCUCCUAUGCCACAGAGGGCGAGAGCCAGGAGAACUGGGGCGGGCCUGCGGAAGACAAAGGCUUCUAUUACCAGCAGAUGUCAGAUGCACAGGCAAACACCCAGACGAGUAGCAAGGCGAAGAGCAAAAGCAAACACAAACAGAACUCAGAGGCCCUGAUUGCCAAUGAUGAGUUAGAUUACUCUCCAGAGUAG